AGAAACUUCUUUUUUCUUCAUUAGAGUUACAAUAAUGGUGACGAUGAUUAUCUUUUAUUGAGUGUGACAGGUGCUAUUGUUGAUUUUUUACAAAUAUCUUAGAUCGUCAUAUCAACUAUUUAAUUAUUUUUGACACUUUAUAUAUUAGAAACCUAAAAUUCAGAUUUUAAGUGAUCUGCUCAAGCUCAUCAGUAGAGCAGGUACUAGAGUUCAAGUUUUCCUGAUUCCAAAAUGAUUGCUACAUUCUCCAUCAUGAACCCAACUCCCCUUCCUUAGAUUCUCAUUGUCACCCCAACAUAUCCAUAUCCCGAAGUUCCACAGGGUUUUUAUUCAUCUCUAACUAGUUAAUCUUUUUGCCUUGGGGUUUUAGUGAAGGGGCCAUUCUCAUUCAUUGGCUGAGAUACUUACGGGCAGUGCACGAAAUUAUUAAUCUUUCUGGUUCAACAACUUAAGUAGAGCCUAUCACAUCUCACAUCAGCAAAUAAACACCAGGGAGGGGGGGAAAAAAAAGAAACACACUAAGCGGAUAGAUGAAUGGGCCAAUCCUGUGGCUGAGGAGAGUAUUUCCUCUCUUUUCUUUGUUAGCCUAAUAGGUGAGGAUUGUGGUAAGAGAUUUUAAAAGCACCUGAGAAAGCAGUGACAAGUAGUGACUGCUCUGAGUUCACAUAAGGCUCAAGCAGCUUUGACUUUUCCCCAAAGAGUUAGUCAGGAGGGACCCUAACAAGUCUGGUUUAGAUGGAGGAGAAGAGUAAGAAGGACCACCGGGCUCUGCUCAACCAAGGAGAGGAGAAUGAACUGGAGGUGUUUGGUUACCGGACCCAGAAUCUACGCAGAGCCCUAUGCCUUAUAACAACCAUGCUGACGUGUGGGGUUCUUCUGCUGGUGUUCUACUGGAAGCCCCAGUGGAGAGUGUGGGCUAAUUGCAACCCAUGCCCUUUGCAAGAAGCAGACACUGUUUUGCUAAGAACAACGGAUGAAUUCCAAAGAUAUACGAGGAAGAAGGUUAUAUGCCUCUACUUAGCUACACUGAAGUUUCCUAUAAGCAAGAACCCAGAAGAACCCCUGGUGGCUGACCGCCACUCUGUCAUUAACCAUGCGGUAUUGAAGCCAGAAUUAAAACUGCGAUAUAUCCAAGUGCGGAAAAUCAGGUAUGUUUGGGACUACUUGGAGAAGAGGUUUCAGAAAGUCGGGCUGCUGGAAGACAGCAACUCCUGCUAUGAUAUCCACCACACGUUUGGACUGGGCCUGACCAGUGAAGAGCAAGAGGUCAGAAGAUUAGUGUGUGGGCCCAAUGCCAUUGAGGUAGAAAUCCAGCUCAUAUGGAAGCUGCUUAUUAAACAGGUUUUAAAUCCAUUCUACGUGUUCCAAGCCUUUACCCUAACUUUGUGGCUGUCUCAAGGUUACAUAGAAUACUCUGUGGCCAUCAUCAUCUUGUCUAUUAUCUCCAUUGUCUUAAGUGUGUAUGAUUUGCGACAGCAAUCAGUGAAGCUGCACAACCUUGUGGAGGAUCACAACAAAGUCCAGGUUACAGUCAUGGUAAAGGACAAAGGUUUGCAGAAGCUGGAAUCCCAUCUCUUGGUUCCUGGGGAUACUCUUAUUCUUCCAGGAAAAACUUCAUUGCCAUGUGAUGCUAUCCUGAUUGAUGGAAGCUGUGUGGUGACUGAAGGCAUGCUCACAGGAGAAAGCAUACCUGUCACAAAGACGCCACUGCCCCAUACGGAGAACACCGUGGCCUGGAAAUCCCACAGCUUGGAGGACUAUCGGAAACAUGUCCUUUUCUGCGGGACAGAAGUUAUCCAGGUCAAGCCGUCUGGGCAGGGGCCAGUGAGAGCAGUUGUUUUGCAAACAGGUUACAAUACUGCCAAAGGGGACUUGGUGAGAUCCAUCCUCUAUCCCCGACCUCUGAACUUCAAGCUAUACAAUGAUGCCUUCAAGUUUAUAGUGUUCCUGGCCUUCCUUGGCAUUGUGGGUUUCUUCUAUGCCCUUGGUGUAUAUAUGUACCAUGGAGUUUCUCCAAGAGACACGGCAACCAUGGCCCUGCUUCUCCUCACCGUGACUGUCCCUCCUGUGCUACCAGCUGCCCUGACCACAGGAAUCGUGUAUGCACAAAAGAGGCUGAAGAAAAAGAAAAUCUUCUGUAUUUCUCCACAGAGAAUCAAUAUGUGUGGACAAAUAAACCUCGUGUGCUUUGACAAAACUGGCACUCUUACGGAAGAUGGGCUGGACCUCUGGGGGACUGUCCCUACUGCUGACAACUGUUUUCAGGAAGUGAAUAGCUUUGCCUCAGGCAAGGCUUUGCCAUGGGGCCCGCUGUGUGCUGCCAUGGCCAGCUGCCACUCUCUGAUCCUUCUCAAUGGGACCAUCCAAGGAGACCCACUGGACCUCAAAAUGUUUGAGGGCACUGCCUGGAUAAUGGAAGAUUGUGAUGCAGACUACCGCACAUUUGGGAUGCCAGGUUCAAACAUAAUAAUAAAGCCAGGACCGAAAGCCAGUUGGAGUCCCGUGGAAGCCAUAGCCAUCUUGCGCCAGUUUCCAUUUUCCUCAAGCCUGCAGAGGAUGUCUGUGGUCGCUCAGGUGGCAGGGGAGGAUCACUUCCAUGUGUACAUGAAGGGUGCCCCGGAGAUGCUGGCCAAGUUCUGCAAGUCUGAAACAGUACCCAAGAAUUUCCCACAGGAACUCAGGAAAUACACAAUACAAGGCUUCCGUGUCAUUGCUUUUGCCCAUAAAGGCUUGAAGAUGAAGAAGCUUUCAGAAGUAGAGAAUUUAGCCAGAGAGAAGGUGGAGUCAGACUUGACAUUUCUGGGGCUUCUCAUAAUGGAGAAUCGCUUGAAAAAAGAAAGCAAGCCAGUCUUGAAGGAACUGCAUGAAGCCUGCAUCAGGACCGUGAUGAUUACUGGUGACAACCUUCAAACAGCGAUUACUGUGGCAAAGAAUUCUGAAAUGAUUCCUGGAGGAAGCCAAGUGAUCCUUGUUGAAGCCAAUGAACCAGAAGAUUUUGUUCCUGCCUCUGUGACUUGGCAGCUGGUUGAGAACCAGGAGAAUGGACCAGAGAAGAAUGAAACCUGCGUUAACAUUGGGAACAGUUCGGUGCCUGAUGGAGCAAGAGGGAGCUGUUACCAUUUUGCAAUGAGUGGGAAAUCCUACCAAGUGAUAUUUCAGCAUUUCAACAGCUUGCUUCCAAAAAUCCUGGUGAAUGGAACCAUUUUUGCAAGAAUGUCUCCUGGGCAGAAAUCUAGUCUUAUUGAAGAAUUUCAGAAAUUAAAUUACUACGUGGGCAUGUGCGGAGAUGGAGCUAAUGACUGUGGGGCUUUGAAAAUGGCUCAUGCGGGCAUUUCGCUGUCAGAGCAGGAGGCAUCUGUGGCCUCCCCUUUCACCUCGAAAAUAGCCAACAUCGCGUGUGUGCCUCAUCUCAUCAGAGAAGGCCGAGCUGCUCUGGUUUCAUCCUUUGGGGUAUUUAAAUACUUGACCAUGUACGGCAUAAUCCAACUUAUUGGUACAUCACUGCUCUAUUGGCAGCUACAGCUCUUUGGGAAUUACCAGUAUCUCAUGCAAGACGUAGCCAUUACCUUGAUGGUCUGUUUAACAAUGAGUUCAACUCAUGCCUACCCCAAACUGGCUCCUUACCGACCGGCAGGACAGCUCCUCUCUCCCCCUCUGCUGCUCUCAGUCUUUUUGAACACCUGUUUCACCUGCAUUGUGCAAAUCUGUGCAUUUCUCUAUGUGAAGCAGCAGCCCUGGUAUUGUGAGGUCUACAGAUACAGUGAGUGCUUUCUGGACAACCAAAGUAAUUUCUCAAUGAAUAUGAGUUUGGAGAGAAAUGGGACUGAAAAUACAACGCUGAUUCCUGGUUCAGUUUUAAGUUUUGAGAGUACCACACUGUGGCCCCUCACCACCAUCAACUGUAUCACAGCAGCGUUUAUCUUCUCUAAGGGAAAGCCAUUUCGAAAACCCAUCUACACAAACUAUAUAUUCUCAUUUCUGCUGAUAUCUGCCUUGGGCCUCACAGUUUUCAUUCUGUUUUCUGACUUUCAAGAUAUAUAUCGUGGAAUGGAGUUUAUCCCAACACUGACAUCAUGGAGGGUUUCGAUUUUGGUGGCAGCCCUCACCCAAUUCUGUGUGGCCUUCCUCAUAGAGGAUUUCAUCCUUCAAAAUCGAAAGCUCUGGCUACGGAUCAAAAAAGAAUUUGGAUUCUAUUCUAAAAGUCAAUAUAGGCACUGGCAAAAAACGCUGGCAGAAGAUUCCACCUGGCCUCCCACAAACAGAACGGAUUAUUCAGGCGAUGGUGAAAAUGGAUUCUACAUCAACCGUGGCUAUGAAAGCCCUGAACAGAUUCCAAAAGCGAAACUCGAAUUGGAAGGCCAAACCACAGAACAGCAUUUUUGGACCAGGCUGUAAUCAGAAUUAUUGUCAUAUGGGGUUAACAGCAUCUCCUUGCUCCCAGAAACUAACAUAUUGUGGAGAGGUGAUGACAGUCUACCUCUACCUUUCUUUAUCCAUCAGAGAAUUCAAGGUGCAUUUCUCGAUGUAUUGAACCUUGCAAAAAAGAACCUUAAAUAUGCUUAUUUUGACUGUAUCCUCCACUACUGAGGAAAAACAUGAACUUCCUCGAUUGUCUUUUUUUUUUUUUCCUUAAUAUUGCAUACCAUUAUCCUGGCUGAAAUGCCCAAGCUUUUAUGGUAGUGAAAUUAGUGGUAUGAACAUCAGUAGAAGGAAAAUUCAAGAAGAGUUUGGUCUUUGAAAGUUUCACCAAUAUAUCUUUAUUUUCACAGACAAAUAAAAGAAUGUGGGGGGAAAAAGUCUUUCUGUCAAUAAAUUAUCACAGGUUUACUGAACCUUCUAUUCACUUGCAAAGACCAUUUAUGUACCUAUCUUUGCCCAAGGUCACAAAAUUCCUCUUUUUGCUUCUUUUGUAUGGCUUUAAUAAAGAAAGAAGAACUGAGAUUUCCUUCAGAAAAAUUAACUCUGUAAUAAGUAGAAAAUGAUGGAGGUGCCUGUUAACUGCCUGUAAUCUUGGCUUGGGCAUAGCUUAUAUCUAAGCCAACUCCACUGAUGUUGGCAUCACCCAAAGUAUAUUGUUUUGGGAGCAGUGAGCCUGAAAGUCCGUGGUAGAUCACAAAGAUAAUGGGACAAAUGUUAAAAUAUACUUUUCACUUAAAGAAGCAUGACAGUUUUAUUUAUUUUUUUGCUAUGGACAGAUGAAACCCUCAGGUUCUAAGUCAAAAAGUUGGUUCAAACUCAGCAUUGCUCAUCUUAAAACACAACCCUGGAGUAGGGACUCCUAAUGUUUGUGUCUACAGCAUGACAAGCAUCAGGCUGCUGAACGACCUCAAGUCCCAUUUCAUCUUUUCAUUAUUUUACUCAAUCAUUAUGUGCGUACUAAUGGCCACAAGAAAAGGUAUAUCCUCUGUAAAUAUAUUCUGUAUGCUAUUACCUUUAAUAUAUAUCUACCUCUCGGUGACCUUGAGAGGACAUACAUCUCUAGUGAACCUUCUAAAUUAGCUAGUAGGCUUUCCUUGUGACCAUAAAUUGAGUUUUGCUAAUUUAACAUAUCUUUAAUGGCUCAUAGGCAAUUAGCUGACCAGUUCUAUCCCAUGAGCUCCAGUUAUGUGCCUAACAGUGAUAGAUGCAUUCAAUAAUACCUUUAUAAUUCUGUAAUCCUUAGAGCUGAAAAAAUGUUUUUAACAUUUCAGCAAUGCAUUGCUGUAUAUAGUACUAUAUACUUUGUUAUACACAACAGCAGCAUAAAUGCAAAUUCCUAUAAAAACAAACCCUUUUUAUUUACAUUUUAUUUGCUUUUUAACCUUUUCUUGGGUGGAUGGCUUUAGAGAGGGAUUAUUUUAAAACGUGUCUAAUUUAGUGACUACCAAUGAAAGAUGAAAAGACAAAGCAGAAUUCUAGAUUAAGAAAUGUAUGCCAACCUAAAAUAUAUGGCAGCUCAGAUUUCUUGAACUGGCGUAUUUGUAUUUAGUAAUUUGACCUUCAGAAUCAGAAGAUUCAAUUGACACACUAUGACAUUUAGAUAACAUAAAAAGAUUAAAAAAAUCUUUAUUCAAUAAAUGUACAGCCUCCCUUGCCCAGUUUUUCCAACACCCUAUCAGUUAUCUGAUAGAUGAUGAUAUCUAUUUCAUAGAUCUUUUUUUGUGUGUGUGUGGGGAGGGCACAUAAUAAAGUUGAACCCUAUGCUUGACUUUGCUGAAAGUACUCUCAGAGAAGGGCUUAAAAUAGUCUUGGAAGAAAUGUUUGAUAAAAGCACAAUGAGCAUGACCCUGGGCAGUCUUAAGCUGCCC